CGGCAUCUGGGGGCCCGGCGCAGGGGAGCCCCCAACUCUAGGGGCGCAAGACUCAGUUUCCCAGGCGGCUUUGCGCGUCACCGGAAGUGCUGCCAAUCCAUAAAGAGAGGGAGGCGGCGGCGGUGACAGCUCAGUUCUGCCGUCGGUCAGUCAGUUCUCUUCGGAGCUUCAGGAGCUGCAGCUCCGGUGGCGAGAGGCGGGACUCAGAAGACCCUGGCCCUGUGGUGUCCCACUGAGGGUAGGGGUGAGGAGGAGCUCGGGCUGGGACUUCACGGACCUGGGUUCGUUGGAAUGCUGAAACUCCGCUGCUGCCUCGCUUCGCACUGUCCCGAUCCCCUGGCUCAGCCUCAUUUUUGGUGUUUGGGGAAUUGGACGUUGGUCUCUCGGCGCUCUUCCUUCCACAGGUGGUGGUCGUAAAGGCACACAAGCCCCUUCAGAAGGCGCAGGGUGCAAGAGGAACCUCUUUGCCCAGUUUUCCUCGGAGGUGUAGGCGAUACCAAGCACCCAGCCCACAAGUGGCCGGACCCAGUCUUUGGAAACCUGGGCCCGGUCCGAGACAGGUGAAAACUGUGAGUGCUACAAACACUAGGUGAUUUCCCCAGGUGCCCAGUGUGUAAGUAGCGCCCAGGCCAACACCGUGUCAAGUUGUACUGGGCUCAAGGAGUGCUCAAUCAGAAUGGCUUCAGGCUGGUUUUAUGUGACCUGCCUGGUGCUGGGUUCACUGGGUUCCAUGUGUGUCCUCUUCACUGUCUACUGGAUGCAGCACUGGCGCGGAGGCUUUGCCUGGGAUGGCAGCAGCUCCAUGUUCAACUGGCACCCAGUGCUCAUGGUCACCGGCAUGGUGGUACUCUACGGAGCUGCGUCGCUGGUGUACCGCCUGCCCCAGUCCUGGGUGGGGCCAAAGCUGCCCUGGAAAUCCCUCCAUGCAGGCCUGCACCUGUUGGCCUUCAUCUUCACGGUUGUGGGCUUGGUUGCUGUCUUUCGGUUUCAUAGCCACGGAAAAAUCGCCCACCUCUACUCCCUGCACAGCUGGCUGGGCAUCACCACCGUCAUCCUCUUUGCCUCCCAGUGGGCCCUGGGCUUUGCCAUCUUCCUCCUGCCCUGGGCAUCCCUGUGGGUGCGGAGCCUCCUGAAACCCAUCCAUGUGUUCUUCGGAGCCUCCAUCCUUGCACUGUCUAUUGCUUCGGUUAUUUCUGGCAUUAAUGAGAAACUUAUCUUCAGUUUGAAUGGUGGUGCCAAGCCCUACUCCAGCCUGCCCUCUGAGGCUGUCUUUGCCAAUAGCACCGGGCUGCUGGUGCUGGCCUUCGGGCUUCUGGUGCUGUAUAUCCUUCUGGCUUCAUCUUGGAAGCGCCCGGAGCCAGGGAUCCUGACUGACAGGCAGCCUCUGCUGCACAAUGGGGACUGAAGCGGGAAGGGGCUUCAGAAGCAGUCGGUGGUACAGUCUGCACUCUUCUCAGAAGCGCUGCUACUCCUGGGGCAACACACUUUCUUUGGGUGCUGGCCCCAACUUCCUGCCUGGGGAUCAGGUCUGCUGUCUCCAGCCACAUGCUGCCCACCCGCUUUUCUUGAAGGCUUUGGCUUCUUGUUACGGACUUCUCAGGUCCUCUGUUUCCACCAGAUCCUCCUUGCCUUGGUUGGUCCUGCUGCAUCUGCUCUGUGUGAAGUCAGGCAACUGCCCCUUUAGGCUCCUGGGGUUGGGGUACGCAAUCCCAACAGCUCACAAAAGCUGGGAGUCAAGUGCAGUCCAUGACGUAGAAGCUGAGGGAGGUCAGCUUUCCCCUCGAAGGUAUGCACUUUAGUCCAGCCACCCAAGAAGCAGCUUUAUCUGCUCUGGUGUCCCCAGCCAGCCCACGGAUAGAAGGUUGGGCAGAAGUCACUAAAGAAGGGGCGGAGGGUGGCAGAAAACAGCUUCAGCAGGGGUGAAGUGGAGGAGCUGGACACUUGGAGCUGCUGGUCCGCAUCAUUGCCCUCUGAUCUCUGUGUGUGCCCAUGUGGCUGUACCUCUUCCAGCUGCUGCUACAGCUGGGACCCGGAUCCCGGCCUUUUCCUGUGACGUAUGUGCCUGUCACCGUCAGGCAGUCCUGCGAACCCUGGUAACCUGCUCUCCAAGGACAGACGACCUGUCCCCAGGUGCUACGGGAGUGCCAAGUCGCAGAGCUGGUGGGUUCCCUUACUGCCCCUCACUAGGCCAGGCCCUUCUUACCUGCCAGGGUCCAAGACCAGCUGUGCUCCCCGCUCCUGCUCACCAUGAAACCAAGGCCAGCACUGCGGUGCUGUGUCCUCAAGCAGGCCCCAGGAGCUCCUUCCACAGACGACCCUUGCUGAGCACCAAGGUGCUGCCCUGCCCCCACAACAGUCACUUACAUUGCUUACCCCAGUCCCUGUGUGAUGCCAGAGUAGGAGUUUUGUUCCUUUCCUAGGGAGAAACGGAUGGGGAGGGAGAAGUCUUGCCCCUCUCUCGCACUGUUGCUUUUCUUGCCUUCUCCAAGUCAGCCUUGACAAGCCUGCACUUGACCUCAUGGUUAAGACACUGGUUAAACUGCCUCCAUGCUGCUGGAGGCCACAGUAUGAUGGUUCACAUGGGAGACAAGCACUGAGUUCUGGGCUCCCUGGCUUUGGCUGCUCAGCUGCUGUGGGCAUCCCAAGCGUGAACUAGAGGAUGGGAGCUCUGUUUCUUUAACAGAUAAAUAAAAUAAAAUAAAAAAUCAAGUCUUGCCACCUCCAGGUUUCAUUUGCUUAGCAGACAAGAUGGAUGAGGCCUGAGGUUUGGGUCUGCCAGCUCUGAGGGAGAGAUUGGGCAGCACACUGUCAG